GCUUGCUCUAUAUAAAUGUUGAAUAGGGAUACUGUGAAGCUUAUCAAUAUUAAUAAUGAAUAUUUAUCGAAUACAUGUGAUCGCUAUGUUGUAGGCUACGCAGUGGGUGGUUCGAAUGGAGAGGUGAACACUUUGAGCCCAAGUGAGCGAAUUAGUUUGGUUGCUGCUGCGCGUAGGAGAGUUGCUGCCAACAAAAUUAUCAUUGGCGGAGCCACUGCUGAAUCUACAAGGCUGACAAUAGAGAUGUGCAAAGGCAUGAAUGAAGUCGGAGCCGAUGCGGUUCUGGUACUUUCUCCAUUCUACUUCAGAAGUAAAAUGACUGAAACAGCGAUUCGCAGACAUUUUGAGUCAGUAGCAGAUGAGAGCCCCGUGCCCGUAGUGAUCUACAACAACCCGUUUGUGUCCAAUAUUGACCUUUCUCUUGACACACUAGCUUGGUUGGCUAAUCAUGAGAACAUCCAAGGAGUCAAAGGAGGAGAUGUGAGGAAAAUGGGCUAUCUCUCCAUGAAGACGAAAAACAAAAACUUCGACAUCCUAAUCGCUUCAGCUGGCUACAUUCUACCUGCCCUGCAACUGGGUUGCUCCGGAGCGAUGGUUGGUCUCACUAAUGUAUUGGCAGGACCGGUCUCAGAGCUAUACACGCUGGUCAAACAGAACAAACUCGAAGAAGCCAAGGACCUUCAGAUGAGAAUCAUUCCUCCUGAUGUGCUUCUACUAGCAGAACUGGGAGUGCCAGGAGUCAAAGCAGCCAUGAACAUGGUUGGCUACGAAGGCGGAUAUUGUCGGGCCCCUCUGCAAGAAAUCUCCAACGACGCAAUCUUGAAAAUCGAACAGAUUUUGAAAGACAACGGCUUUCUCUAUGGAGAAGAGCCUCUGGAAACUCGUCGCAAGAUAUAAUUCGCUUGUCAUUUCAUUCUUCCUUGUCUAAACUUCUCAUUCUGCAAUAAUUCUAAUCUGAUAUCCCAUGCAUUAUUAGGUAUCUCAUCUUAAGCCACAUCCCUUCUCCAAGCAGAAUUUUUUAGAGGUCUUAAAUUUUGUAUUGCAACUUUCGUACAAAAUACAUUGACAACUAUUCGAUGAAGAUUUUAAUAAAACUCUGACUCCAUUGAA